CUGACAGCUGAUUUGGAGACGAAAGUUUUAUAAAACUAAUCCUGGUGGCACCUGACAGUGGAUUAUCAAUAUCAUCCUUCAAAAUCCAAAGCAGCGGGAAAGACUCGUGAAAAUACAAGGAGCAAAAGCCCAAUUAGAAAUUCGGACAUCAUCGGUACUGUAGCUGCUUCAGGUGACUGGAAAGAUGCCGGUCCGCAGAGGACACGUAGCGCCCCAAAACACCUUCCUCGACACCAUCAUCCGCAAGUUUGACGGCCAGAGUCGCAAGUUCAUCAUUGCCAAUGCGCGAGUGGAGAACUGUGCCAUCAUCUUCUGUAAUGAUGGCUUCUGCCACAUGUGCGGCUACACGCGGGCCGAGAUUAUGCAGAAGCCCUGCACGUGCGACUUUCUGUACGGACCCCACACCAAGAAGGUGGCCGUCUCUCAGAUUGCACAAGCACUGCUGGGCUCGGAGGAGAGGAAGGUGGAGAUCAUCUUCUACAGGAAAGACGGUGUCCGAUUCCCUUGUCAAGUCGAUGUUGUCCCAGUGAGGAACGAAGAUGGUGCAGUCAUAAUGUUCAUUCUCAACUUUGAAGUCAUAAUGGAGAACAAGUUCCUCCACUCCCCCGACUCCGACGUCAACCACAAGGUUCCUUCCACGUGGUUCUCGACUGCCAGGCCCAGAGGUUUCAAGCUGCGUCUGCCCAUGCUGAGAUCACUGGCGGCGAGUAAGCAGUCUCUGCCCCAAGAGGACCCUGAUGCGGUGGUGGUGGACCUUUCAAAGCCCAGCAGGGAGUCUCUGGCCUUGGGGGAGUUCCUGUCUUCCAGCGACAGGGUCGGCUCACCAAGCACUGAACGGCAGGAGCAGCCUGAAGACCAGCAGGCUUUGAUCAAUGGCGACCCAGAACCUCUGAACCACUCGUCUCCUCUGCCUAACCGCCUCAACCCUGACGUCUCCUUCUCAAAUUGUAGCCUGACAAGAAGUCGAUCCCGGGAGAGCUUCUACAGUGUGCGUCGAGCGUCCUCUGUCGAUGACAUCGAGGCCAUGAAGGCAGAUGUGGACCGAUCGUUUCGAAGCCGGCAUGCCAGCACAGGAGCGAUGAACCACGUGAAGACGACUCUGCUGAACUCGACUUCCGACUCUGACCUCAUCCGCUACCGGACUAUCAGCAAGAUCCCUCAGAUCACGUUGAACUUUGUGGAUUUCAAGGCUGAUCCCUUCAUCCCUUCCCCUGCGAAUGAUAAGGAGAUCAUAGCCCCCUGUAAGCUCAAGGAUCGGACACACAAUGUCACUGAGAAGGUCACACAGGUUUUGUCACUUGGUGCUGAUGUCCUCCCGGAGUAUAAGCUACAGGCUCCUCGCAUCCACAAGUGGACAAUUCUACACUACAGUCCAUUCAAGGCAGUGUGGGACUGGCUAAUACUACUGCUGGUGAUCUACACAGCCAUCUUUACGCCUUACUCGGCAGCCUUCUUGCUCAAUGACCAGGAAGAAGUCAAACGUAUGGACUGUGGCUAUUCAUGUAAUCCACUCACAGUGGUAGACCUGAUCGUGGACAUCAUGUUCAUUAUUGAUAUCCUCAUUAACUUCCGCACCACCUAUGUCAACAGCAACGACGAGGUGGUCAGUCAUCCCGGCCGCAUCGCUGUGCAUUAUUUCAAAGGCUGGUUCCUAAUCGACAUGGUGGCGGCCAUCCCAUUUGAUCUGCUCAUUUUCAGGUCUGGCUCUGAGGAGACCACCACAUUGAUUGGUCUCCUGAAGACUGCUCGCCUGCUGCGAUUAGUGCGUGUGGCACGGAAGCUGGACCGUUACUCGGAGUAUGGUGCUGCUGUCCUGUUCCUUCUCAUGUGCACAUUUGCUCUUAUUGCUCACUGGUUGGCGUGCAUUUGGUACGCCAUUGGCAAUGUGGAGCGCUCCUCUUCCUUUCCCCGCAUUGGCUGGUUGGACUCCUUGGGCGAACAGCUUGGUAAACAGUACAAUGACACGGACCCCGCCUCUGGACCCUCCAUUCAAGACAAGUAUGUGACUGCCUUGUACUUCACUUUUAGCAGCCUGACCAGCGUGGGCUUUGGAAACGUCUCACCCAACACCAAUUCGGAGAAGAUCUUCUCCAUCUGCGUCAUGCUCAUUGGCUCCCUAAUGUAUGCCAGCAUCUUUGGGAACGUGUCAGCCAUAAUCCAGAGGCUGUACUCUGGCACCGCACGCUAUCACACCCAGAUGCUUCGGGUUCGAGAGUUUAUCCGCUUCCAUCAGAUCCCAAACCCGCUACGACAAAGACUAGAAGAGUACUUUCAGCAUGCCUGGUCCUAUACCAAUGGCAUCGAUAUGAAUGCGGUUCUGAAGGGAUUCCCCGAGUGUCUCCAGGCCGAUAUCUGUCUUCACCUGAACCGAACCCUCCUACAGAAUUGCAAGGCUUUUAAAGGGGCCACGAAAGGCUGUCUCCGGGCACUGGCCAUGAAAUUCAAAACCACUCAUGCUCCUCCAGGCGACACCCUUGUGCAUGCUGGUGACGUCCUUACUGCUCUCUACUUCAUCUCUAGGGGCUCCAUCGAGAUCCUCCGUGGUGAUGUUGUGGUUGCAAUCUUAGGAAAGAAUGAUAUCUUUGGUGAGCCUAUCAACUUGUAUGCCCGGCCCGGAAAGUCGAAUGCAGAUGUGCGGGCGUUAACGUAUUGCGAUCUUCACAAGAUACACCGUGAAGACGUGGUGGAGGUGCUUGAUAUGUACCCUGAAUUCUCAGACCACUUCUGGUCCAAUUUGGAGAUCACCUUCAACCUCCGUGAUACCAACAUGAUCCCUGGAUCCCCAAGCAGUGAUGAUUCUGACUGCGGCUUUAACCGACUUCGACGACGAAAGCUGUCAUUUCGAAGGCGCACUGAGAAAGAUGAUGAGGAUGCGGGUGAAGUAAAGAAGUCUCAUAAGCUGUUACGUAGAGGCAGGAGACAGGACAACAUCAAUCAGGGAGAAGGACUGAAAGCUGAGCGAGGUGGGGCCCGCAGUUCUGUCUCUUCGCCUUCGAACUCCAGCAGCGAUGAAGCAGUGAUACCCAUCCUGCAGACAGCUGUGCCCAGCUCCACGCAGAGCAGGCCCACCAAGCUGAACUUUAGUGACUCCCCUGAGGGUGAAGUGGAUCAUAAAACAAGCAAUACCUGCAAUGCUCUGUCUGGUGCAUUUUCGGGAGUGUCCAACAUCUUCAGUUUCUGGAGUGACAGUCGGGGCCGGCAGUACCAGGAGCUUCCUCGCUGUGCAGUAACACAACACAUCCCGCUAAGUUCAGCCCCCUGCAGCAGCAGCAGACAGAAGGCCGAGGUGGAAUGCAGACUGGAUCUGCUUCAGAAACAGCUCAACAGGCUGGAGAACCGAAUGUCGUCAGAUAUUGGAGCCAUCAUGCAACUGCUGCAAAAGCAAAUGACCGUGGUGCCUCCAGCUUAUAGCACUGUGACACCGCCGCCGCAGCCCGCGUCAUACCCGUGUUCAGCAGAAAGGCUGGUCCAGACGGUCAUCCCACUGGAGUCUGAGACGCUGGCGUCUCUUUCUCAGAUCUCCGAUUCCCAAGAUUUUGAAGAACUUGCUUCCAAGUCAUCGGUCUCCCUGCUGAACACUGUGGAGCUUCAGCCACAGGCAGGGUCAUCUGGACACCCUUCUGAUGGAAGGCCGGAACUAACGGAAGGGCUGCCCGUGCUGCCAGAACCGGAGGAGCUUAUAGCCCGGUUGGAGAGGUUACGCCGCCUCUCACUGCCAGUACAGCAUGUGGACCACCCGUUGGACUUACAGCCACCCCAAAGACACAGCUCAGAUCCCGGAAGCUAAAGAAAACCUGGAGCUACAGCGCCUACAUUUUGGCUCUCCUUUCAAAUGGAAACAUUUGCUUCAAUAAUUCAAACAUCACAACUUGGCAAAUACUUGCUACCAGGAAAUACUACCAGGAAGGUUUUCCUUGCUCGGUGUGAACAAACGAAGAAGAACCUUUGGCUUGUCCAUAGGUCGUUGACUUCGUGAGCAAAGUGCAUUCUUCUUAACUCGGGGAAAUGGGACAGAACCUGUCCUGGUGCAAACCAUGGAUGUCACAGUAACAACAAACAAAAGAGUCUCGCAAUAUACUUGGCAGGCUGGAGAGGUUCGGCGCUCUCGCUCCACGUCUAGAUGCCACAGUGAGCAGCGCCGUCAUGGCCUUUUUUUGCCCCACUGACGUAAAUUAGAAUUUCCACCGCCCUGAUCCUUAUAUCAAUUAGAGAUGUCAAGAUGUUAGCUGGCCUAACAGACUGUCGAGUGCUUGACCGUAUUGAAUUCUCUGCCUGCCCAUCCAUUCAUGGCCCUCCGGUCAACAUGGUUAGCCAGUACGACCAAUGGGUGGGUACCACGGCCUCAGGAGAUUGCCCCCCCCCCAAAGAACGAAGGAAAAAAAAAUCUAAACAAAAUGUUUGUUUCUGCUGCUCCGAUAACUAUAGCCAUGCACUGUAACUGAACAUAUCAGAUGUCUUUUGCUGACCUUGUACAGAUAACUGAAUGAAGUCAUAUAACAAUAUGCAAACAAGAAUUACUAAAGAAUAAGUUAUUUGAUGUAAAUAAGCUGUUUUAGUCCAAAGGAGUGUAUAUAGCUACUCUGACUUGUGUGUGGCCUGUGAUCCUGGUGUGUCCUUCCUUCUUCAGCCUGGCCUGGCUUGGGAUGCUCAGCGAUGGGCUUAGCAUCGCAGGCUUGAAUGUAUUCAGCUCCACUUCCAGCAUAUCCACCUCUCCGAUUCGGACCUCUUUGGCUUAUAAGAACCCCGGAUCGGAACCUAGUGCUUCCUGAUCUCGCCUCGUCGUUCGGGGCACAGCUUUGCCCUCUGACUGGUGGCUUUAGAAAUCUUCCCAGUGUCUCGUGGGCUUAUCUGAUCACGUCUUUUUUUUUUUUUUUGGAAAACCUUGUAGCUAAAGUUUAAAAGUUUUCCAUGUUGUCUAAAGCAAUAAUUCUGCUAGAAAUCAGCAUCUUGGACACGCUCAUCUCGUGUAUUUUAAUACCCCCACGUUGGCGCUGACUUGUUUAUUUGCACAAGUUUUCUGCUGUUUUUUUUUUAGCCCUUCAGAAUAUCACAAUCUUCUUCAUUAUUUGAUAGUGAAGUGGUCCUACCAUCUAAUCAACUUCAGGUUAUACACAAAGCUGCCUAUCAGCUUCACCAUCUGACACAAGAGGCUUCCUAAGCUUCUCUCCACUCAGUGAUGUCCAUAUCCAUAGUCAGACCAUUCAUCUCAGAUAGGCUCUCAUCUGUUAUUGAUGUAUUUUAAUCCAAGGUGCUGUCACAUCAUGGGUUCAGCAUCCUGGGUUGAAACCCCUUGGUCUUCCUCUGUGUCCUCCAGUCCUCCUCUCACAUCUUCAAAGACAUGUCAUUAGGUUACUUGGCGACUCUGAGUUGCGUGAGCAUGGGCAUGAGUGGGCUGUCCAGGACUGUUUCCCACCUUGUGUCUGUGAUGGUGCGAGUCAACUCCACCCUACUGGUUGUUUCCCGGGAGCCUCUUGAACCCCUUACCACUGAUAAUGUACCCGAGGAUGAGCCAGUGGAGGAGGACACAACGUACAUCUAGUAAAGCGGUAGGUGUAUAAGUGCGCCGGUGCUGUUAUUAAAAUCCGACAAAACAGAACAGUGUUCAAAAGUGUAGUGAAAAUCUUCAAUAAAUAAAUAACCCAUAAAAACGAAUGAUGGUGCAGGUGGGGAAAAAACAGUUCCAAUAAAUAAAUCCGUUAAAAACGUCAAGAGACAGUCCACAAAACUUUGAGUUUUGCCCUUUUUAACUUUGGGCCUCCUCCCGUUUACCCCCUUCGGAACCUGCAGGAGGAAAAGAAGACGUCAGAUGUAGUCAACCUUCAUAUCCUGGCUCUGUUCCCAGCCACCCUUCCUUCGGCAUGCACAGGGCAACCUGUUGAGCCACACGCGCCUCUCCCACCGCUCACACUCAGCCCUUGCUGUCAAUCGGGCCGCUCCUAUGCCCCGGCGAUUCCCUGUAGGAGUGCCUUUUCUUCAGCGUCAGGUUCCUGCAGCCAUGAAGCUCACUCCUGACCACCUACCUCUCACUCCUGGCAGCACAGACACUCUCACUCUCUUCAUGUCUCUGUGUUCUCUCCAUUCAACCUCCAUCUUUCACGCGUCUUUCUCUCUCUCUGGCCAGUCUAUUUUUCCUCCUUUUGUCUUCUCUUUCCAAUUCUUUUCUGACACCUCCUUACUGUCCUGGCUCCCUUUAUAUCUGCCUUGAUCACAAAGCCAAUAAAAGCAACCGAGACAGAACGUACCCUCGUGUAGGUGCGUCUCACCUCAGUUACCUCACCAACCUCCCACAGCUACACGUGCACGCACACCCUUGGAGAUCGAGCCGGCCAUUCAUUUAUUUACUGUAUAUACUCAAACUUGAAAAAUCGAUCAUAAAAUCAGACCCUGACUUAUA